AUGUCUAUUUCGUUUGCUGAUCUUGUUACCUGCAUGCUGAUAUAUCAUUCUGUAUUUCAGGCCAUUGCACUCUUCAAUGCAGGUCAGUGCGAAGAAGCAAUGUUGCUCAUCAACAAACUUGCUGCUGUUUGUCCAAAUACUGAUGCACUCAUGCGUCGUGUCGUAGAAGCUGAUAUAUCACUAUCGCUCAUUUGCUUUCCUCGUGACUUGCAGGCUGAUACAUCACCAGCAUCUAUCUGUUUUUCCCAUGACCUACAGGCUGAUACAUCACUUGUAUUGUUGUAA